AUGGUGAUGAUGCCCAAUGAGAACCUGGCCCGCGCGGCCAGUGACCCGUCGUUCGCGUCCCAGUGGGUACAGGACAACGUCAAGAAGCACUACCCCGCCACGCAGAUCCACGCCGUCGCCGUGGGGAACGAGGUCUUCGCCGACCCUGCCGUCGACAAGAUGAACCUCGUCCCCGCCAUGACCAACGUGCAGAAGGCGCUUGCGCGGCUGGGGCUCGCCAACAACGUGAAGGUGUCCACGCCGGUCGCCUUCUCGGCGGUCACGGACUCGUACCCGCCGUCCAAGGCCAGGUUCGGGGACGACGUCGCGCAGCCGGUGAUGAAGCCCAUGCUGGAGUUCCUUCAGCGGACCGGCUCCUUCCUCACGGUCAACAUCUACCCGUGCUUGACCCAAAUGCAGCAGCCAAACAAGAUCCCCCUCGACUACGCCCUGGGGAACGCCGAGCACGCCGUGGUCGACGGCAGCAACAUGUACCACAGCCUCCUUGACGCCCAGCUCGACGCCACGCACUACGCGAUGGAGAAGCUUGGGUUCGCCAACGUGGAGGCGGUUCUUGGGGAGACCGGGUGUCCGAACAAGGGGCACACAAAAAAUCACAAACCCCCGCGUGGCGUCGGAAGCAGGCGUCUGUUGGAUGACGGAGGCCCGGAGGCCACGGUCGCCAACGCGCAAGCGUACAACAACUACGUCAUCAACCGCGUGCUGUCCGGCAACACGGGCACCCCGCACCGGCCCGACGCGGACAUGGACGUCUACAUCUUCGCCCUGUUCAACGAGAACGGCAAGAGCGACGAUCCAGACGACGUGGAGCGCAAUUUCGGCCUGUUCUACCCCAACAUGCAGAAGAUCUACGAGUUCGACUUCCGCGGCGACGGCAUCCAACCGGCACCCGCCCCACCGACGGCGAGCUGGUGCGUGGCGAACGCGGCCGUCGGGGACGACAGGCUGCAGCAGGCGCUGGACUACGCGUGCGGCCACGGCGCGGACUGCAGCGCCAUCCAGCCCAGCGGGUCGUGCUUCGAGCCGGACACCAAGCUCGCGCACGCCUCGUAUGCCUUCAACAGCUACUACCAGGCCAACGGCCGGGCCAUCAGCGCGUGUGAUUUCAACGGCGCCGCCUCCAUCGUCUACCAGGCACCAGCUGGUGAGUACGUCCUAACUCCUAAGUAA